AUGAAGAUAUGAAUGACCGUUUUCUUCUCGCUUUUGGAGUCACAACAUUUACUCUGCUAUUAUUUAUGGAUGUAGCUUCUGUUGUACAAGCAUGUUCGUCUACAUUUCCUAUUACUGUGACRACGGAUAAAGAGGACAUCACAAGUCCYAACUACCCAUCGUUUUACCCAAACAAUAAAGAAUGCAGGUGGCUCAUUAGCGCUCCUCUCGAUAAGUUARUCCAAUUCAAAUUGAAAGUAUAUGACUUGGCUCAACCAGCAGACUACAUAGAAGURAGAGAUGGURUCAAUGAAAGUGCUGUGGUGUUAAAGAAUUUCACCGUCAAACGAAAGUUUAGUUUUAUACGUUUCAAGUGGAGGACAUCGAGUGGGCGUUUCUUGUGGAUGAAGUUCAAGUCUGACGGAGUACGUAGUUCUAAAGGUUUUAAGAUGGACAUUAGAUUUGUAAACAAACCAAAAGGUAAAAUGCAUUUCUGCGAAGUGUUUUAGCCAAAACAUUAAUACUC